CUACUCAAGCAAAGUCAUCAAAAAUAGUACAUUGAGUAAUCAAUUUCGUGUUUCUUUUGUCGAAAUGGGGAAGCUGGUGACUUCCAAGUAUGUUGGAGCCAUCCUUGUUGUGAUGCUGGCAUUGGGUCUCGGCCUAGCACAAUGCCGUAGGCUGGAAGAAGAUGAAGAGAAUGAGACGAUUGGCCGCGGAGCUGGCGGUGGUGCCGGUGGGGGUGGAGGUUUCGGAGGAGGCCAAGGUGGAGGAGUAGGAGUCGGUGGUGGAGGUGGAGGUGGCGCUGGAGGCGGUGGAGGGUUCGGAGGAGGCAAAGGUGGAGGAAUAGGAGGUGGUGGAGGGUUUGGAGGAGGCGGAGGGAAAGGUGGUGGAGCAGGCGGUGGCUUUGGAGGCGGCAAGGGCGGAGGUAUUGGUGGCGGUGAAGGGGGUGGCAAAGGCGGAGGAUUUGGUGGUGGAAAGGGUGGAGGCAAAGGAGGUGGUCGUGAAGGUGGAGGCACUGGUGGAGGGUUUGGAGGUGGUGGAGGUGCCGGAGGCGGCAAAGGUGGAGGCAUUGGUGGUGGCGCUGGAGGCGGCAAAGGCGGAGGAUUCGGAGGUGGUGGUGCCGGAGGUGGCAAAGGUGGAGGCAUUGGUGGUGGCGCUGGAGGCGGCAAAGGCGGAGGUUUCGGAGGUGGUGGAGGUGCCGGAGGUGGCAAAGGUGGAGGCAUUGGUGGUGGCGCUGGAGGCGGCAAAGGCGGAGGAUUUGGAGGUGGUGGCGGUGCCGGUGGCGGCAAAGGUGGAGGCAUUGGUGGUGGCGCUGGAGGCGGCAAAGGCGGAGGAUUUGGAGGCGGUGGAGGUGCCGGAGGCGGCAAAGGCGGAGGAUUUGGAGGUGGUGGCGGUGCCGGAGGCGGCAAAGGUGGAGGAUUUGGAGGUGGUGGUGGCUUUGGAGGAGGAGCUGGAGGGGGGUCCGGCGGCGGCUUUGGAGGUGGAGCUGGUGGCGGUAGCGGAGGUGGAGCUGGUGGUGGCUUUGGUGGAGGGAAAGGAGGUGGUGGAGGUUUCGGCGGCGGCCGUGGCCGUGGCGGCGGAGGGAUUGGUGAAGGCUAUUAAGUAUAAGCUUCAUCGCACAAACGAGCUAUGUAUGUAACACUCCGACUAGGCAUGGGAGUACAAGCUAGUGAGCUAGCCUAUUACCGAAUGAACCACAUAAAUAAAA